GCCAGGCAUUAUGCUGGAUCCUUUACACAAAUAAUCUCAGUUGUGCAACCAACAACCCGGUGAGGGAGGUCACCCUUGCUUUGCAAAUGAGGAAACUGAAGUUCAGAGCGGGUAGCUUGCCAAAGGUCAUUCAGCUACCAAAGGGAGGGGUCAGGAUUUGAACCGACUUCUACCUGAUGGCAGAGAUUGCUCUGUUAACUACUGCCAAGGAGAGCGGAGAGGAGGGAGGGGUAAGGGUUCUGAGUCCCAAGCUUCUGCAAGGACCGUCGGGAAAAUAGUGCCUGGAAAAUAAUGGGUGGGACCCCUAGCCACAAGCGCCGAAGAGACACUGGAAGUGGGAAGCCCGAUCCCAAACAAAGGAAUCAGGAGGGCCCCUGCCCUCAGCAACCUUAAGAAAUGAGGACAAGGGCCUGAGAACUCCAACUGAAAAGACAGAAAAAAGGGCCCCCACAGACCAGAGGAAGCAAAGAAGGGGCGGGGCUCGGACAGGUUGAUCCACAGUCAUUCACGUGGCUGUUAAGGCUGACAGGAUUUUGUGGUUGUCUCCAACCCCGAGGCUACGUGGACGCCCUUCCUGGGAGCACAUCUCCAGUGUCCUCUGGGGAGUAGUGGAGAACUGAUUGACCAUGACCUCUAUAAAGGAACAGGCAGCAAUUAGCCGGCUCUUGAGUUUUUUACAAGAUUGGGACAACGCCGGCAAAGUCGCAAGGAGUCACAUCCUCGACAGUUUCAUUGAAACCAACCAAGGCAAGACUGCCCCUGAACUGGAGCAGGAGUUUUCCCAGGGAGCCAGCUUGUUCCUGGUGCGCUUGACCACCUGGCUUAGACUCACCUAUAUGACUGGCUCAUGUUUAGAUAAGCUUUUAAGGUCCAUUGGCAUCUUCUUGUCAGCUGUAAGCAGUAAUCGGUACCUUAUAGAAUUUCUUGAGGUUGGAGGUGUCUUAACACUCUUGGAAAUACUUGGGCUGGAGAAGAUCAAGGAGGAGGACAAGAAGGAAUCCAUCAAGCUACUUCAGGUUGUUGCAAACUCUGGCAGGAAGUACAAGGAGCUCAUUUGUGAAAGCUAUGGUGUACGAUCCAUAGCAGAAUUUUUGGCAAAGUCUAAGUCAGAAGAGACCCAGGAAGAAGUGCAAGUUCUGUUGGAUUCUUUGGUCCACGGUAAUCCCAAGUACCAGAAUCAAGUAUACAAAGGUCUAAUAGCUUUGCUGCCCUGUGCGUCCCCGAAAGCUCAGCAGCUGUCCCUGCAGACUCUCAGGACUGCCCAGUCAAUCAUUGGAGCCACACACCCCAGCAUCGUGGACUGCGUGCUGAAGGUACUACGCACGAUGCACCUGGAAGUCCAGUAUGAAGCCAUCGAGCUGAUCAAGGACCUGGUCAACUACGACGUGUGCCCGGCGCUGCUCAGAGGCCUCGUGGACCUGCUGAUUCCGUCGGUCAGGGAGACCAGCAAACUGCAGCCCAAGAUCCUCAACGACUCCUCGGUUCUCCAGCUCACCGCCCAGCUGCCCGUGUUCUUGCAGCAGGCCGCGGCCGCCAAGACCAUCGGGGUCCUGGCGCGCAGCAACACGAGCCUCGCCCAGGAGAUGCUGCACCUGCGCGUGGUGCACAGCCUGCUGAGCGCCAUGGGCAACACGGACCACAGCAACAGCCAGCGGCAGGCCAGCCUCACGCUGCAGUAUUUCGUGCAGACGUUCCCGGUCGUGGAGCAGCACGUGCGCAAGUCCAUGGGGGAGGAACUCUACCAGCUCUUCCUCAGCAGCCCCGAGAACUUAUACAUGAAAAUAGAUAGCAUUCAGGCGGACAUCUUGGCUGCCAACAAAGUCAAUGUCACCAGAGAGUUACACCUCACUGAGGCCUGCAGCAGCAUGAGCUUCUGCUUCAGCCCUGGUAAUGAGGAUCAGAACGAAGAUACGGAAGGAAAGGAGUAACAGAGCCUCUGAGGCAAUCCAGGAAGCCAGGGCUGUGUGGCAGGAAGCGUGGCUGAAGGAGCCUGGUGCCCCUAGGCCCUAGGUGGGAGGCUGGGGGUGAGGCCCACCAGUGAGGGAAUGGGAGAGCCGCUGGCUGGGAAGAGCUCAAUAAACAGUCUUGCUGUCU